UCCCUCUUGUCUUUUUGAAACACCUCGCUUUCACUCGGACGCUUUGACAAAUACAUGAUGAGCCUCUCCUCGCUUAAGCUCAACUGCUCCUCCGCUCCCGUUACCGGCCCCAAGUGGGCCUCCCAGCCCAGGCCCGUUCUUCACCCCCACCGCUGUCCCAACGUCGUCGCAUUUGAGCUACGGGCGGCCGCGUCGUCGUUGACCCUGACGGCCAACGAGUCAGCGAGUCGAAUCGAGUCACUGAGUCAAGUUUCCGGCGUGUUGGGGUGCCAGUGGGGUGACGAAGGCAAAGGCAAACUUGUCGAUAUUUUAGCCCAACACUUCGACAUCGUCGCUCGCUGCCAAGGUGGAGCUAACGCUGGCCACACCAUCUACAAUUCAGAGGGAAAGAAGUUUGCUCUUCACCUUGUUCCUUCCGGUAUUCUCAAUGAGGAAACUAUAUGUGUUAUUGGAAAUGGAGUUGUGGUGCAUCUUCCGGGUCUGUUCGAGGAAAUUGAUGGCCUGGAGGCUAAUGGGGUCUCUUGCAAGGGAAGGAUAUUGGUAUCCGAUCGUGCUCAUCUUCUCUUUGAUUUUCACCAAGAAGUAGAUGGACUUAGAGAAGGUGAGCUUGCUAAAUCGUUUAUUGGCACUACCAGGAGAGGAAUAGGACCAGCUUACUCGAGCAAGGUGAUUCGCAAUGGUAUUAGAGUAAGUGACCUGAGGCAUAUGGAUACUUUCCCUCAGAAGCUUGAUCUUUUAUUAUCAGAUGCAGCUUCAAGAUUCCCUGGUUUUAAUUAUAGACCGGACAUGCUCAGGGAUGAAGUUGAAAGAUACAAGAGAUUCGCAGAGAGGUUGGAGCCUUUCAUUACUGAUACCGUGCAUUUCAUGAAUGAAUCGAUUGCAAAGAAGCGAAACAUUCUUGUUGAAGGUGGUCAAGCAACUAUGUUGGAUAUUGACUUUGGAACUUAUCCCUUCGUAACUUCCUCUAGCCCAUCAGCUGGUGGGAUUUGCACGGGUCUUGGCAUUGCUCCAAGAGCUGUUGGUGAUCUAAUUGGAGUUGUUAAAGCGUACACUACAAGGGUUGGAUCUGGUCCUUUCCCUACAGAAAUCUUGGGUCAAGGAGGUGACCUCCUUAGGUUUGCUGGACAGGAGUUUGGCACAACUACCGGUCGUCCUCGACGUUGUGGUUGGCUUGAUGUAGUUGCAUUGAAGUAUAGUUGUCAAAUUAAUGGCUUUUCUUCUCUGAAUCUUACCAAGCUGGAUGUUUUGUCGGAACUUCCUGAAAUUCAGCUGGGAGUUGCCUAUAAACAAGCUGAUGGUACACCAGUUAAAUCAUUCCCUGCUGAUCUUCUCUCGCUUGAGCAAUUGAAGGUCGAAUAUGAAGCUUUACCUGGAUGGAAGUCUGAUAUUUCAAGUAUCAGAAAUUACUUGGACCUUCCAAAGGCUGCACGUCAGUACGUGGAGAGGAUAGAGGAAAUUGUUGGUGUGCCUGUUCACUACAUUGGUGUUGGGCCCGGACGUGAUGCUCUUAUAUACAAGUAACAUGAUAAUUUACUCACAUUGUUCCAGUAGAUUUCCAUUUGCGAUGAGUUUACUUGAAGCUUUCAGUUUUGGAAGAAAUUGUUCUCCAUUACGAGAGAUUAUUUAUGGGUUAGUAGUUAAAUUUAGAUGAAUUUGAUGUAACAAUUGUAUGCUCGAGGUUACAAUGGAUAAUAAUUUAUAAUUAUGAUUAUUACAUGA